GACACAUUUACUGCAGCGCUGAGCAUCUGCAUCUGCUGUUAAUCAUGACACCAUCUACCUCAACAAAAAACACUUUUAUUUUGCUGUUUUAUCUGUUUUUUACAUUUCUACACGUCAGAGUUAUUGGUUAUAACGGACUCAAGUGUAAAAGUAAUUAUUACCAGAAAUCCACUCAGGAAAUCCAAAGAUGUGAACGCUGCAAUAAAGAGUGUUCUGAGGAUAAUAAUGAGAAGGAAGUUACUCCAUGCACUCAGAAAAGCAAUAGAGUUUGCUUCUGUAAACCAGGUUUUUAUUGUACUAGUAAACAAUUAUUCAACACACUGCCAUAAACCAUGUGUUCCCUGUGGAAAAGGCACGUUCUCCAGCACACCAUCUCUGGACGCCUGCAGUCCUCAUACAGAUUGUGCUCGGUUGGGAAUGAUAAUGCUCAAAAAGGGCACAGCGACGCAGGACAGUGAGUGUGUGAAUGCCACAACAGUGAAGCCAGCCUCGUCCACUACCACAGAUAUCAUUACUACCACCACUUUCAAUAGCACUUCCAUUCCCAUGACAGAGGAUAAUAAUGAGAAGGAAGUUACUCCAUGCACUCAGAACAGCAAAAGAGUUUGCUUCUGUAAACCAGGUUUUUAUUGUACUAGUGGAAACAAUUAUGGAACAGACUGCUAUAAACCAUGUGUUCCCUGUGGAAAAGGCACGUUCUCCAGCACACCAUCUCUGGACGCCUGCAGUCCUCAUACAGAUUGUGCUCGGUUGGGAAUGAUAAUGCUCAAAGAGGGCACAGCUACGCAGGACAGUGAGUGUGUGAAUGCCACAACAGUGAAGCCAGCCUCGUCCACUACCACAGAUAUCAUUACUACCACCACUUUCAAUAGCACUUCCAUUCCCAUGACAGGGGUCACUGCACAAUUCAAGGAAGACGAAAUCCAUUCCCACUGGCUGCUGCUAUUAAUCUUAAUGUUGAUAAUCUUGUUCAUGGCUGGAUUCUGUAUUCUGAUGAAAAACACGGCAAAGAAAACCCUUUUUAAAUGGUUUGGUUUAAUAAACAGACGACAUGAAGAUAAUCAACUCUGGAGUCAAACUGCAGUUGAUAAUCAAAUUUUGUUCAAUUCCCACACCUCGGAGACCACAAUACCAGUCGGCAGUGGUGGCAGAGAGGUCAAAGGUCAGAGUACGGGGCCGAUGCCCCAAUCUGGGGCUGUGCAGCAGGUCACAAUGGAGCACAAUGGGAAGGGUGAGAACGUCAGCAAUACUGUUGGGUCCAUCUACAUCUACUCUCCUGGAAUGGUGAUUCUGGGCUCCAACUCGGGUGAUAAAAAGGAAGAGGCAGGACUUUGCGAAGAAGGCGUUCCCCUCAUCAGCAGACCUCAGCAAGAGUCAAAUCCACCCUCGCAAGAGGUCAGAAUCAGAAUAAGCGCACAGGAAGAGGCUGAGGAGGAACUGAGCCUGAGUUUUCCCGUGCCAGCAACUGAAAAGUGAGAACUCGAACAUGUGGUUCCUUGCAUAAACGGCCUUCAGGAAGAUACCAGGUUGAAUCACAAGGCUGAAAAGUCACAAGCUGCCAGAUUUAAGAUUCCCGGUUAAGCAUGGCAUCAGAAAUGCCCGAGUCAUGGUUUCAGUUCCAGAUAAGCAUGCACGCUGACUAAAUGUACAGGCUACCUUGAUUGCAAUGUAUGUCAAAUACAGAAUGCGCAGAUGUACCAGAUGGGAAACGCAGAGUAAUGAUUUUAGCUUUUUUGCACAUCAAGAAAAAGAUUUAUGCUUUAUUUAAGUCAGUCAGUUUUUAUAAAUGCACACGUCUGAAUUGCCACUGCAGCAAAACUGGGACAAAAACAAGCAUGAAGAAUGUGCACAGGAGGUACAGACAAAAGAGUGAGAAAAACACCCUCGAAGGUGUUUCUGAGUUUUCAUAAUAUGCAUCCUAUAAGACAGAGGCAGUAUAACUGAAAUGCACAUUGUGUGUAUGAAUAGUUUUAUUGUUUAAAUGAGUGGUCGAAAACCCAACGAACGACUACAUCUAUAUGUUUCUAAACAGACUUUUGCUCUACUGUGUGGGUGUUAAAUAUGCAAGUCUGAAAAUACCCAACCUCACCUUCGGAAAGAAGUGUCUGAUUUGACUAUUGUAGGAGGUCGUGUCGGGACAGACUGCAUUCACCCUGCAACCUUUACAGAACAUGAUCAAAAUGACAUUUCUAGUGUUGCAGUAGAAGACGCUUCUUACAUCCUCCAUUCACUUGAGCUUGUGUGUGUGUCAUUUUGCUUGUUUUUUUUUGUAAAUUUGUCAAUGAACGUGUUCUGAUGCUUUAUUAUUAUGAAUUCAAUAAAGUCCAUUCCUUCAACAAUUA